AGUCUCGAUGUAUAUCUGUAAUGAGAAGUAUAGAUUUAUACUUUGAUUUACACAAUAGCAUGCAUACAACAUAAUAGUGUACCAUGGAUUUACAUCAUUUCAUUAUAAAUUACAAUAUCAAUUUCUAUGCAUCUCUAUUGCCGUAUGGUGUCAUGCUUUGGAGUAAUCGACACGAUCCUACUAAGUGUACCAUGGUUUGGGGGAAGUUGCAUAUGCUGCAUACAGUGUACCCAUUCCCUUACUAUGUACCAGAGCACUAGGUAACCUUAGUCCCAAGCCCUGGCAAACAAUAAGUGGAAUUCUUUGAUAGAAUCCAAUAUGUUAAAACUGAGAUUAUACUGGAUGGUUUGACUGGAACCAGUGAGCAAAAGGGAAUGGGUUGUUUAUUUUCAUAAGGAAACCAUUUGGGCCAAGUGAGUUUCCGGACCAAUGGCCUGGACAGGUUUUUUUGAGCUGUUCACAGCACUUAGUUGCAUUAGUUAUUGAGGAAAAAAAACUAUAGAAGGGGAAGCAAUUAGGGUUGGUAUUCAGUAACUUGGGUUUCCUUCUCUUAUCCUCUGAUGGCUUUUUGACACCCGCUCAAGUAUUUGCACUGGCGUCCAAUGGGGGCUAGCAAGAAAUCAAAAGUGACAAGGUCUACUAAAAGCAAUGCAGAUCUUUGUAAUGACCUCCGGGAAUUCAUAUCUGUGGCUGGCCUUCCAGAAACUAGUGUGCCGUCAAUGAAGGUGCUUUCUGAAUAUGGAAGGAAAGACCUUGCAAACAUUGUGCGACGGAGAGGAUACAAAGUAAUUGCAGAACUUCUCAUGAACACAACAAAAGUAGAUGCCAAUAUUGAGAGGAAUUUUUCAGAGAAUCAUGAUGCUGGCAAUGCCAAUGGAAGCAAUUCAAUAGAUGGCCAGGAAAAAAGAAUGGAUGAAUUGCAUGUAGAUGUGUCAUUACCAAGUAAAGCUUCUAUUGUGGAAGAUCAUCUUUCUAGUACAAAUGGUGUUGCGCCUAUGAUCUUUGGUACCCAAAUGUGUGAAUCGAUAGGCUAUUCGGUCAAGUCAUCAUUACAUGAAAAAGCAUCAAAGUUUAUUCAGAGUGGGGAGUUGGAAACAAUUGAAGGUAUGCUGAGUACUGAAGAUAUGCAGAUGCUCAAUGACUCAGAUGUUAGUUAUGGCAGUUCGAAUACAAGUGGUACUGAUUCAGGCAUGGGAUCUGCUGAAUCAGAGAAUGACAUAGGAGUUGAACCUACAGCCUAUGGCCAAGAGACUUCCAUCUCAGAGAGUACUGGAGGCAAUGAUGUUCCAAUCUCGAGUGCAGGUGCCCUGGCUUCCAAACAAGUUGCUCUUCUUGCAAAAGAGCAUAAACCUCACAGGGAUGAUAAUUUGCAUUCAGAAGACCUUAACUUUCUGGACUUUGAUGAGGAUUUGUCUGUUCAGGCUAGAAAAAGGGACAACGAAACCGAAAUCGAUCGUUUGAAAGUGAUGUUGCAACAAAAGGAGUUGGAGUUGUCUCAGUUAAAGCAACAAAUUGAGAAGGAGAAGCUUGCUCUAUCUAUUUUGCAAUCUAAGGCAAACACUGAGCUUGGUGAUGCACAAAAACUUAUUUCGGCAAAAGAUGUAGAAUUACAUGCAGCUGAGGAAAGCCUCUUUGGGCUGAAGGAGGUUGAGAUUGAGUACUGGGGGAAUGGUGAAACUGUGGAAGUAGCUGGUAGCUUCAAUGGUUGGCAUCACCCUAUCCGAAUGGAUCACCAUUCUUCAUCUAAAACCAUAAAUCCAACUGGUUUGAGGAAUUCCAUUUUGUGGUCUGCAGUUUUAUGGCUCUAUCCUGGGAUUUACGAGAUAAAAUUCAUUGUUGAUGGCCAUUGGAGGAUCGAUCCACAGAGGGAGUUUGUUACCAAGGGCCACAUACAAAACAACGUUCUCAGAGUUGACAGAUGAUAUCUUGAUGCACUUGAAGAUUCCCCCACUGAGACAACCAAUCCUAAUCCUAUUGCACAACAACAAAAAAAUGGGUCGUUGACUAGAAGUCCGAUCUGGGCCUGCGUAUGGGGUGUCUAUAUAGCUUGUCAUGAGUUUCUUGCUGUUAAACGAAUUACCCAUGAUAAGGCACAUGAGAUGUCUGCCUGGCUUGUAACCAGUUUCAUUUUCUAAGCUGCUGCUUCUUCGUCUUGUUGGUUUCUAAAUCUUCUGGUUGUUGGUGGUGACAUAUUCAUCAUACUGCAGUUUGUCAUUUAGCACAUCAUACUGCAUAGCUCCUGCAGAAUGUGGACAGGCUCCAAUGAAGUUCUCAGGCCACAUCAUGAAGCACCUAGUCAUCAUGUAAACACCAAACAUUUAUUGUAGGAUACCCCUGGUACCAUUUAAAAUGUUUUGGCGCUGUAAAAAGAAAAUUUUGUUUCAAAGUACUCAUCCAUUUCCCUAUUGAUCCUCUAGAUGGGAAAUUUUCUGUAAUUCACUUGAAAGGAUUUGCUGGUGGUCAGAUCGGCUGCUGGUUAAAUGGCUUUGUCAAUUGUCAUCUUACUUCUAGAACUCUACUCGAAAUUGGGCUGAGUCAACUUGAUGGGAUUUCAAGCCAAGUUGCUGUGGAACUCGAUUUGAAUGUUUGUCAGUUUCAACACAAUGGGGCUUGUUGAUUCAACUCAUUGACUCAGUAGACUCGUCAUAUCCAGAACUAAGGGGCCAUGUUUUGAACCUGCAACCCAUUAAGGAGAGAAGGGUCUUUAAUGAGUGCUCCACAAGCCAUGGAUGUGUUUGCUUAGCAAAUUUAUAUGUUUUACUUACAUGUACAUAUUUUAAACAUUUAUUCCCUUACAUGUUAUUAAUUUAUUUAAUAUUGAGUUUGAGAAAAGUACAGACUCAUCUA